AUGCAGAGCCAGGGAAAGGAAGCCCAGAGCAGUUGUGUCAGUGUGAAGAAGGGGCAUGAGUUGGUGAACAUCUAUUGCCCCAUUGCGGUCUCCAACACAGGGCUGUUCAACACCUAUGAGCACCUACUGCCGGGGAAUGCCCGCUGUCUGCCAGGUGUGAAGCAGCAGCUGGGGAUGGUGCGGCCUGGCUUAGGCAUGAUGUCUGUUUUCAUCUGCCUGCAAGGCACCAAGGAGGACCUGCAUCUGCCGUCCACCAACUACUAUGUUUACUAUGACACGGACAUGGACCAGGCGAUGGAGCGCUACGUCUCCAUGCCCAGGGAAAAGGCUGCGGAACACAUCCCUCUUCUGUUCGUCGCUUUCCCAUCAGCCAAGGAUCCGACCUGGGAGGACCGAUUCCCAGGCCGGUCCAGCAUGACCAUGCUCAUACCCAGCGCCUAUGAGUGGUUUGAGGAGUGGCAGGCGGAGCUGAAGGGAAAGCGGGGCAGUGACUAUGAGACCUUCAAAAACUCCUCUGUGGAAGCCUCUAUGUCAGUGGUCAUGAAACUGUUCCCACAGCUGGAGGGGAAGGUGGAGAGUGUGACUGCAGGAUCCCCACUCACCAACCAGUUUUAUCUGGCUGCUCCCCAAGACGCCUGCUACGGGGCUGACCACAACCUGGGCCGCCUGCACCCUCAUGUGAUAGCCUCCUUGAGGGCCCAGAGCCCCAUCCCCAACCUCUACCUGACAGGCCAGGAUAUUUUCACCUGUGGGCUGGCCGGGGCCCUGCAAGGUACCCUGCUGUGCAGCAGUGCCAUCCUGAAGCGGAACUUGUACUCAGACCUUAAGGAUCUUGGCUCUAGGAUCCAGGCACAGAAGAAGAAUUAGUUCCAUCAGGGAGGAGUCAGAGGAAUCUGCCCAAUGGCUGGGGCAUCUCCCUUGACUUAACCCAUAAUGUCUUUCUGCAUUAGUUCCUUGCACAUAUAAGGCAAUUUGGUUCUGAUUUGGUUCUGAUUCCUGAAGACAGGCCUAGUUUAUAUCACAAUUCCGAGUCUGGGGCAAUGGAAUCAUUGCUUCCAGCUGGGGCAGAUGAGAUCAUUAUGCCUUUUAUAACAUCCUGUCCCUACUAACAGGGUAUUGACUUGGAUAGCUUGAUGUCUCAUGACGAGCAGCGCUCUGCAUCCCUCACCCAUGCCUCCUCACUCAGUGAUCAAAGAGAAAAUUCCAUCGGUGGAUAGAACCCCUGGCAGUGUUGUCAGCUAAAGCUGGUGGGUUCAGUUCUGUCUUGUGGCUUCUGCUCUCAUUCACUUAGUGCUGUGCUGCACAGUUCUACACUGUCGAAGGAGAAGGGAGACUAAUGAGGCUUAACUCAAAA